ACCGCUUCACUUGUAUCUCCGUGUGUGAGAGCGGCGGAGGCGGGCUGCGCGGUGUUACUGACGGGGACACGGCGGACUCUGCGGUGUUGUGCUCGCGGUGUGGUGUCGAUUCUGAUGCGGGGGGAGUUUUAGACAGUACUGGGUUGGUAUCGCGCUGAGGGGGAGGCUUCCGUAGCUCGUGUUUAUCUGACUUUCCGUGCGCUCCGACUCGCGCAGAUGGCGGCCACCGUGGAGGAGCUGUACCGUAACUAUGGGAUCCUCGCAGACGCUAAAGAAGAUUUGAGCAAGCAUAAAGAGGCCUACCAGGUUAUUCUGGAUGGUGUAAAAGGAGGCCCAAAGGAGAAGCGAUUGGCAGCCCAGUUUAUUCCAAAAUUCUUCAGCAGUUUUCCAGAGCUUGCAGAUGCAGCAAUUAAUGCACAGUUGGAUUUAUGUGAAGAUGAAGAUGUAUCGAUUCGCAGGCAGGCCAUUAAAGAACUACCACGUUUUGCUUCUGGAGAAAAUUUACCCAGAGUAGCAGAUAUACUCACACAGCUACUGCAAACAGACGAUUCAGCAGAAUUCAACCAAGUAAACACUGCGUUAAUCUCCAUAUUCAAAAUUGAUGCCAAAGGGACACUUGGAGGCCUGUUUAGUCAGAUUCUGCAAGGGGAGGAUGUUGUGCGAGAAAGGGCAAUAAAAUUCCUCUCCUCCAAGCUGAAGACAAUGCCAGAGGACAUCAUGACCAAGGAGGUUGAGGACUACAUCUUCACUGAGACGAAAAAGGUACUGGAAGAUGUAACGGGUGAGGAGUUUGUGCUGCUCAUGCGGGUCCUGUCUGGUCUGAAGUACCUGCAGACAGUUAGUGGGAGGCAACAGCUUGUUGAGCUCGUGGUGGAACAGGCCUUCUUGGAGCAAGCCCUUAACCCUGCUGACACUGACAGUGUGGAUCGUCUCUUGCAGUGCACACGUCAAGCUCUGCCACUCUUUUCAAAAAAUGUCCAUUCCACUCGAUUUGUUACCUACUUCUGUGAACACGUUCUGCCCAACCUCAGCAUGCUUACCAGUCCUGUGGCAGAAUUGGACAUUCAGCUUGAAGUCCUAAAGCUGUUGGCUGAGAUGAGCCCAUUCUGUGGUGACAUGGACAAGCUGGAGGCAAACCUUACCAUGCUUUUUGAAAAGCUGCUGGAGUUCAUGCCUCUGCCACCCGAGGAAGAGAACGGGGAAAACGCUACGAGUGAAGAACCCAAGCUUCAGUUCAGCUAUGUGGAGUGUCUGCUCUUCAGCUUCCACCAACUCGGCAAAAAGUUACCAGACUUCCUUAUUGACAAGGUUGAUGCAGAGAAGUUAAAAGAUUUCAAGAUCAGGCUACAGUAUUUUGCACGAGGCUUGCAAGUAUACAUUCGGCAGCUACGUGUGGCGCUGCAGGGCAAAACUGGCGACGCACUAAAGACUGAAGAGAAUAAAAUCAAAGUUGUGGCUCUCAAAAUCACCAACAACAUCAACGUCCUCAUCAAGGAUCUCUUCCAUAAUCCUCCAUCCUACAAAAGCACAAUCACCCUGUCUUGGAAGCCAGUGCAGAAAACUGAGGCAGCAGCAGCUGUGGUGGGGCAGAAGCGUGCAUCUGGAGAGGACACUGAUGCAGGACCCCUUGGUGGAAAGAAGGUUUCUCCUUUGCCUAGGAGGGAUGCUCGACAGAUAUACAACCCCCCUAGUGGGAAAUAUAGCGCUACCAUUGGAAACUUCUCUUACGAGCAAAGAGGGGGAUUCAGAGGUGGCCGGGGUCGAGGCUUCGGGGGAAGAGGAAACCGAAGUCGAGGCCGGAUCUACUGAAGAAUGACUGCUACGUUUCUACAUAUCCACACUCAUCUGCAGGACUGCCACAUGCCAACAUCUCCACUGUUUUGAAACCAUCAGCCUUGUUAGUCUCUCCACUUACCGCUGUGUUUUGUCCAUCCAUGAGUUUGCUCGAGUUUGUUGAUCUCUUUUCAGAAUGUAGUUUUUGAAUAUUCUGCAACAUUUUCCCCUCCUAAAAGAGCAUUUGUCAUUUUUCUUUGUGGAACAAUACACUGCAGGGGUGUACUUUUGGAUUGUUUUUUUGUAUGGUGACACAUCCUUUGUACUUUUUUUAACCUUAUAGUUUUCAGCGCUUUUGUUGGGUAAAUUGUCUUCACAUGACUUUGUAAGAUACAGUUUGUGCAUUGCCCUCUGCAUUUUAUUAUAAACUAGUCCCAGUCAAAUUCCUUGUCAUUGUUUGGUAGUUUUUGAAGAUAGAUAUUUAAGUUUGUACCAAAACUACUUUUAUGCCCCAUGUUUGGGCUCUGCUUAUUUUUUGGUAAGUAUGUACAAAAAGGGGCAUUUUUAGUGAUGUGCAUCAUCUGGAUGAUGACUUCCUUAACUUGCAUCCAUCACAGAAGUUUCAGUGACUACAUUUUUUUGAAAUUUUUACAUCAGUUUUCAAGUUCUUGUUUGAUUUUGGACCAUCUUUUGCAUGCAUAUUUUACAGAAGUUUGAGAAAUUAUUUAAGUGUUUUGGAUUAAAAAAAAUAAAUCUACUGUCAUAGUUCUGA